UGCAUGCCAGCAAGCGCUGCUGCUCCUCCCUCAAUCAUCUUCUCCAUCUUUUCCUGCCCAUCCUGCACGCUUGAUACAGCUCCUUGUUGCCCAUCCUGCAAGCUUGAUACAGCUCCUUGUUGCCCAUCCUGCAAGCUUGAUACAGCUCCUUGCUGCCCGGCUUGCAAGCUUGAUACAGCUCCUUGCUGCCCAUCCUGUAAGCUUGAUACAGCUCCUUGCUGCCCGGCUUGCAAGCUUGAUACAGCUCCUUGCUGCCCGGCUUGCAAGCUUGAUACAGCUCCUUGCUGCCCGGCUUGCAAGCUUGAUACAGCUCCUUGCUGCCCG